AGUCAGUCAGUCAGGUUAAAAACACACUGUUGUCUCUUCUCUUUGCUCUCUCUCUCUCUCUCUCUCUCUCUCUCACAAACAAAACAAAAAGAAAAUAAAUUAUGACUUCGCUUACGGAGCUCGACGACGAUACGGUGCGCACCAUGUCCAUUGGAGCUUUAUUUUCAGACUUCGUUGGGAAGAUAAAUUCAAUUGAUUUUCAUAGGAAGGAAGAUUUACUUGUUACGGCCAGUGAGGAUGAUUCUGUGCGAUUCUAUGACAUUGCUAAUGCUAAGUUGGUCAAGACCACGUAUCAUAAGAAGCAUGGUGCUGAUCGUAUAUGCUUUACCCACCACCCUAACUCUGUUAUAUGUUCUUCAAGAUACAAUUUGGAGUCCACUGGAGAAUCCCUGCGGUAUCUAUCAAUGUAUGAUAAUCGGUGCCUUCGUUACUUCAAAGGGCAUAAAGAGAGAGUCGUUUCCCUCUGCAUGUCUCCAAUCAAUGAUAGCUUCAUGUCCGGUUCUCUUGAUCACAGUGUUAGAAUAUGGGAUCUUCGUGUAAAUGCUUGCCAGGGGAUUCUUCGCUUGCGUGGUAGACCUACCGUUGCAUAUGACCAACAAGGCCUUGUUUUUGCUGUGGCAAUGGAAGGGGGUGCUAUUAAAUUGUUUGAUUCACGUUCCUAUGACAAGGGUCCCUUUGACACCUUUUUAGUUGGUGGAGAUACUGCUGAAGUUUGCGAUAUCAAAUUUAGCAACGAUGGAAAAUCAAUGCUAUUGACAACGACUAAUAACAACAUAUAUGUUCUUGAUGCAUAUGGAGGAGAGAAGCGUUGUGGGUUCAGUUUGGAACCAUCUCCAACAGCAAAUAUAGAGGCAACAUUUACACCAGAUGGCCAGUACGUGGUCUCAGGCUCAGGAGAUGGAACCAUGCAUGCUUGGAGCAUAAACAGGCGAAAUGAGGUGGCAAGCUGGAACAGCCACAUUGGUGUGGCAUCGUGCUUAAAGUGGGCUCCUCGUAGAGCCAUGUUUGUUGCUGCAUCAACUGUUCUCACGUUUUGGAUUCCCGACAAUUCCAAGUUAAAUGCUGACCCUGCUUCUGCUUCUAUUUCUAUGGACACUGAAGCUCCAACCCAAUCCGAACUUACAUCUCAAUGAUCCCCCCCAUUUUUCAUCCCUUGCUUAAAUCACAAACUGUCUGUAACUACGGCGGUUUUAGUAUUUAUUUUUAUACUGCCUGCAGUUAAAAAGUUUUGGUCUUGUCCCUGUUAUUUGAUGCUACAUCUGGCUAUAUAUUCUGGAAAUUUUGUGUUC